AUGAGAAGAGCUUUAAACUUCACGGAAACACGCCUGGCUGAUGAAAAGCAUUUCACACGCCUGGUCAGAAUGCUUAAAGGUUUAAAUAGUUAUGCCCACAGCCUCACAGUGCAUCUCAGCUUGAUUUACAGAACCUCAGAGGCCUACAGGGUCAGCGCAAGGCACCCGAAUUGCCACUUCCUUUUUGAGCUGCAGGCAGCAGAGAAAGAAUGCCAGGCUAAGCUGGAGGGCAGUCUGGUUCUGGAGUCCAGAGGGUGUCCCGGCAUGUGGGACAACUUUUCCUGUUGGCACUACGCGGAAGUCGGAGAGGUGGUCGUCAACACCUGCCCACAAGCCCUAAAAAACCUCUUCGGGCAAGACGGUAACAUCAGUAGGAACUGUACGCCCGAUGGCUGGUCGGAAACGCACCCGAGUAUUCACAGCGCCUGCUUCUCUGAAUCUAAACCCAGCAAGCUGGUGUUCUACACGGUGGUGAAGACGCUGUACACCCUGGGUCACAGUCUGUCUCUCGUUGCCCUCCUCACCGGCAGUGCCAUCCUGUGUCUCUUCAGAAAGCUUCACUGCACGAGGAACUACAUCCAUCUGAACCUGUUCUUCUCCUUCAUGCUGAGAGCCGUCGCCGUGCUGAGCAAGGACGCCAUCCUGUUUUCCCACAGUAAAAACACUAACUGUGAUGAACAGCCCUCACUGAUAGGGUGCAAAACCAGUCUUGUCGUUUUCAACUACUUCAUCAUGGCUAAUUUCUUCUGGCUGUUGGUUGAGGGUCUGUACCUGCACACGCUGCUGAUGGUGAUGUUCUCGCAGAAUCGACACUUCGUCGUCUAUCUCUUUAUCGGCUGGGGGUUUCCUACUGUCUUUGUGAUAGCGUGGGUGAUUUGCAGGAUAUACCUGGAGGAUACGGGAUGCUGGGAAAGAAAUGAAGCCGUGAUUCCCAGACGGGUGAUUAAUUGGCCGAUAAUGACUUCUGUUAUAAUCAACUUUGUUUUGUUCAUAAGCAUCAUUCGGAUCCUGAUUCAGAAGCUGCGGUGUCCAGAUGUAGGAGGGAAUGACCAGUCCCAGUACAGGAGACUGGCAAAGUCAACACUGCUGCUGAUCCCACUCUUUGGGGUUAAUUACGUGGUGUUUGUAUACAUGAAAGAAGAGAGUCCGAACGACACCUUCCAGGACUACAAAAUAUUUUUUGACCUUGGUCUUGGCUCCUUCCAGGGUUUGGUUGUCGCCAUCCUAUACUGCUUUCUGAAUAGUGAGGUCCAGGCCGAGCUGAAGAGGAAGUGGAGGAGCGUCUGUCUAAAGCGCUACAUUGGCCGGGACUACCGGCUGCACAGCUCAUCCAUAACCAGAAACGGUGCCGCGCAGUUCCAUCGCAAAUCCAGAGCUCAGUCCUUUCUGCAGACUGAAACCACGGUAAUAUGA